AUGUCCUGGAAGCUCACCAAAAAACUCAAGGAGACGCAUCUGGCGCCCUUGACCAACACAUUUGGUCGCUCAUCCUCGACCUCCACAAUCAAGGGUGAUUCCAAUGGCGCUGCUGGGGACGAGACACCGGUCGCUCCCCAGGCCCCCAGUGUCACUCCCACAGGUUCCAUAAAUGGCAUUGCUGCCUCAGAGUCGCUCGUGUCUCCGCCCGUUGCCCCCGUGAAACCGGGCAUCCUUAUUGUGACCCUUCACGAAGGCACAGGAUUUUCCUUGUCUCCUCAUUACCAGCAAAUCUUCAACUCCCAUUUCCAAAAUAACUCGUACGCGCCAUCAUCUUUGCGUCCGAGCACUUCUUCCUCGUCACACUCUUCCCACGGGCAAGCGGGCUCCUUCGUGCAGUCCACCCGGCCGCAGUCCACUAGCGGAGGCUUGAACGCUGCCCCGACUAUCCACGGCCGUUAUUCCAACAAAUAUCUCCCUUACGCCCUUCUUGAUUUCGAAAAGAACCAGGUUUUCGUGGAUGCCGUGUCGGGUACUCCCGAGGCCCCCUUGUGGGCGGGUGACAGCACUGCGUUCAAGUUUGAUGUGUCCCGGAAGACCGAGCUGAACGUCCAGCUGUACCUCCGCAACCCAGCCGCCCGACCUGGCGCCGGUCGGAGUGAAGAUAUCUUCUUGGGUGCUACCAAGGUCCACCCCCGCUUUGAAGAGGCCGGCCAACCAUAUGUGGAGGAUCCGAAGCUUAGCAAGAAGGAGAACCAGAAGGCGGCUGCCGCUCAUGCGGAACAGGAACGUACCAUGGGCCAGCUGGGUGCUGAGUGGCUGGACCUCCAGUUCGGUAGCGGCUCCAUCAAGAUCGGUGUGUCUUUCGUGGAGAACAGACAACGCAGUCUGAAGAUGGAAGACUUUGACUUGUUAAAGGUCGUUGGCAAGGGAAGUUUCGGUAAAGUAAUGCAGGUCAUGAAGAAAGAUACCGGCCGGAUCUACGCCCUCAAGACGAUCCGCAAGGCUCACAUCAUCUCCCGAUCCGAAGUCACCCACACCCUGGCAGAGCGAUCUGUGCUGGCACAGAUCAACAAUCCUUUCAUCGUUCCUCUGAAAUUCUCCUUCCAGUCGCCGGAAAAGCUGUAUCUUGUUCUGGCAUUCGUCAAUGGUGGAGAGUUGUUCCAUCACCUGCAAAGGGAACAGCGAUUCGAUAUCAAUCGCGCCCGAUUCUACACUGCAGAGCUGUUGUGUGCGCUUGAAUGCCUGCACGGCUUCAAGGUCAUCUACCGUGACCUUAAGCCCGAGAACAUCCUCCUCGAUUAUACCGGUCACAUCGCCCUCUGCGAUUUCGGUCUCUGCAAAUUGGACAUGAAGGAUGAGGACCGGACAAACACCUUCUGUGGUACUCCUGAGUACCUUGCCCCCGAGCUGCUGCUUGGUAAUGGAUACACCAAGUCUGUCGAUUGGUGGACACUCGGUGUUUUGCUCUACGAGAUGUUGACGGGUCUGCCGCCGUUCUACGAUGAGAACACCAAUGAGAUGUACCGCAAGAUUUUGCAGGAGCCCUUGACCUUCCCCAGCAGUGACAUUGUUCCCCCAGCUGCUCGGGAUCUUCUUACGCGCCUGCUCGAUCGCGAUCCUCAGCGUCGCCUUGGUGCCAACGGUGCCGCAGAGAUCAAGUCGCACCACUUCUUUGCUAACAUUGACUGGCGCAAACUGCUUCAACGGAAGUACGAGCCCAGCUUCCGUCCCAAUGUGGUGGACGCUCGUGAUACCGACAACUUUGACAAGGAGUUCACUGGCGAAAUGCCCCAGGACUCCUACGUCGAAGGCCCUGCCCUAUCCUCGACCAUGCAGCAACAAUUUGCUGGAUGGUCUUACAACCGUCCAGUGGCUGGUCUCGGCGAUGCGGGCGGCAGUGUCAAGGACCCGUCCUUUGGCAGCAUCCCGGAGUAAAAGCAGGAUCUCCUCCGGGCUACUACUAGCCUCAACAAUUAGAUCGAGAAAUGAAAGGUGCGCGAGAAGGGCUUCAUAGACACGAUUCUCCUUUUGUACUGUGUUUUGUCUUGGUCCGCAUACCACCAAUCUUGAUCAUUUUCUUAGCUUUGUCCCAAGUUCCUCGCUUCCUCUCCCAUGUUCUUUCUUGUUCCUCCCACCUCCCCCUUCAUCACAAGGAGUCUGCGGCAUUUUACUUCGAGGGUCUUUAACAGUUUCCGAGGCUGCACUGUUUGUUUCUGUUUCUUCCCUUGUCCUCGUCCCUUCUCAUGCCUCACCACCCAUGAGCGCUCUGGUUUGUCUUUUACCAUUCCCAUCUCAGCGUUCACCAACCCCAACACAGGCAGGUUCCUUUGCGCCCUUGUUUUCUCAACUUUUCUGUUUGAUAUUCUCAAGCGGUCAUUACCUGUCUACUCGUGUCGUUUCUCUUGGUAUCCGGUCCAUUUUUCGGGUGCGAGAUGUUCAAUCCUUGGACAGAGUCUCGACGGACAACGCCAAGUCAAUUUUACACUGGAAUAAGAUCAUCAUCCUUUAAA